ACGGAAGUGCAUAAAGCUCUUUAAAAUUGUAAAAAACAACUUAAUUUUCUGAAAAACAUAUUAGCAAUAAACAAUACAAAUGACUCUGAAACAAAACUCAGUGCAAAGCAACAACAUGUCGUUCAACCCGUUCAAUGAGCCUUUGUUGGCCACGGGCGGGUAUGAUCACACCAUCAGACUGUGGCAGCCAUAUUCGGGGCACUUGCAGCAUAUCCUCACGCACACGGAUUCGCAAGUAAACGCCCUGGACAUAAUUCCAAACGGGACGAUCCUGGCUGCUGGAGGCUACCAGCAUAUCCGCCUGUACGACAUGAACUUUAGCUAUCCGGUUGUAAACUUCGAAAGCGUCAUGAAGAAUGUCACCCGUGUUGGGUUUCAAGAGGACGGCAAAUGGAUGUUCACCGGUGGAGAGGACUGUCGGGUUCGCAUUUGGGACAUGAGUUCUCAGAAUCCUGCCUGCAAGCGGAUGUUCGAUUGUUUGACGCCGGUGAAUGCGGUGUGCUUACAUCCGAAUCAGGUCGAGUUGGCCAUUGGCAGUCAAGGGGGAAGCGUCUACCUGUGGGACGUCAAGUCGGAUGUACACGAACAGCUGAUUCCGGAGGUGGAAUCUUCGAUUCAGGACAUUGCAAUUAGCCCGAAUGGGCAUUACAUGGCUGCGGUUAACAAUAAGGGCAAUUGCUACAUUUGGAGCUUGUCUAACAGUGCAAACAGCGAAACGCAGCUCACACAGACUGAUCCGAAGCUACGUAUAGAGGCACACAAGAAGUACGCACUUAGGUGUAAGUUUAGUCCGGAUUCGAGUCUGUUGGUGACUUGUUCUGGAGAUGGUACGGCCAGGAUCUAUCGAACCGAUACGUUCCAAUUACAUGUGGAACUCAAGAUCGAGAAGUACUGGAUGUGGGACGCUGUGUUUAGUAACGAUUCCAAGUAUUUGUUCACGGCUUCAUCAGACGGUACCGCAAGGUUAUGGAAAAUAGAAACGAAAUCAAUCGAACGAGAGUACCAAGGACAUGUGAAAGCCAUCACGGCACUUGCCUUCCGGGAUGGUUCAGCGAAAACUUAGAUCAUCAAAAUUUACAAACUAGAUUAAGGCGUGAAAUGUAUGAAGAAUAAACAUGAAUUUUAAAA